AUGGCGGUGGAGCCACCCAAGUUCACGGUGCGACCGUUGUUGAAGCAGCCUAGAAACGACCAGAGAGACUCCUUUCGUAUCUGUCUCUCCCCUUCCUCCUUGCUACUUGUGAAAAUCCGAGCUGGCGAUCUAUGCCGGUUGGAACUGGCUGGAGGCUCUCCAAAAACCGCCAUCGCAUGGACGGCCCCGGAGAAAAUACAAGAUACAAUUGUGCAGACCUCAAAAGUUUUACAAGAUCUAUAUGGAUUUAAGCUGGGAGAGAAGGUUUCGAUUUCGAGAGAGAACGAACCGUUAGAAGAUAUAGCAGUUGUACGUCUUGAAGAAUGCACCGAUGCCACGAAACUUUCUGGCGUGGGUCCUGUUCAGGAAGCUGACAGGGAACACUGGGCAUGGGGUCUUGAAUAUCCCUUGUCAAAAUGUGAAGUUUUAUCAGAAGGAAUGAUGUUCGACCUAGAGCUCAAGGGCAUCCGCAGAGCUUUUAAGGUCGUGGAAAUUGAACCGCUCAUCCAAGGUCGAACUAACACGAUCUUCCACUUCACUGCAAAGUCUAAGGUGCUUGUUGGACAGGCUUUACAACGUCAGACUCUACCGUCCUCACUUGUCGUGCCAUCCUGCGGGCUGGGUGGACUUGGUCGACAAAUGACGCAAAUCAAUGAGCGGCUUCGCGACUUUACUAUUCAGGAAAAUAAAGUAACUAUGCCAUCUUUUUACAGAAAUAGCGGCGGAAUUCUGAUCUAUGGCCCGAAAGGUACGGGGAAGAGUACGCUACUUUCUAAUCUUGCUGCCGCGGGUUGGAAGAAGGUGCUCACCAUCAAUAGCUCUGUGCUGAAUAAAAACAGGGGAGAUGGAGAGGUUCUAUUACGCAAGACCUUCUCCGAAGCUGUUCAGUCACAGCCGUGUCUUAUUACUAUUGAUCAAUUGGAUUUUCUCGCUCCCAAAAAUACCUCUAAUGAUCCAUCAAUUUCUUCGGCAUUGUGCGAAGUCCUGGAUACUAUACAAGAUACGAAAGUUCUUGUGGCUGCGUGCACACGCCACCCAAAUGAUGUUGAUGAUGGACUGAGAACCCCCCAUCGAUUUGGUGUCGAGAUCGAAUUGCCAGUUCCGACAGCCGAGGGUCGAGAAGAGAUUUUAUUGGCUAUUCGUGGUACUUCCGCUGUACCAAGUGACAGUCAACUGGCGAAAUUGGCGGAGCGAACUCAUGGAUAUGUCGGUGCCGACCUCUUUUCAUUACUGCAGCUUGCGUGUAGAAAAGCACAAACUCGACAAAUACUACAGUUGGAGCAAGGGGGACCCAGCGAGCAGCAUAUCUUGGACGGAGCUGUUUCUUCCUCCGAUGUUAUGAUUCCAGAUGAGAAUCUACUUCAAAUUGAGGAUAUAGACAUAUCACUUGCUCUUCAAGAAACUCGCCCAACGGCAAUGAGAGAAGUGUUCCUGGAAACUCCGAAAGUGAGAUGGAGUGAUAUAGGCGGACAGCAUAAAAUCAAGAGGCGGCUUCAGAAGGCUGUAGAAAGACCACUCAAGUUCCCCGAUCGAAUGAAAAGGCUGAACAUAAGCGGUAAAAAGGGAAUUCUGCUCUACGGCCCUCCUGGCUGUUCUAAAACACUGACAGUAAAGGCACUGGCAACCGAAGCUGGGUUGAACUUCCUGGCAGUGAAGGGCGCUGAGAUCCUGAGCAUGUAUGUGGGAGAGUCGGAAAGGGCGCUCAGAGAAAUAUUUCGAAAGGCGCGAUCAGCCAGUCCAAGCAUUAUAUUUUUCGACGAAAUUGAUGCGAUUGCUGCGCGACGAAACAAUGGCCCGUCCCAGGGCGGCAUCAACGUGCUGACGACUUUGCUCAAUGAGAUGGAUGGAAUUGAAGAGCUGAAAAACGUUCUUGUUGUGGCGGCAACUAACAAGCCAGAGGUUCUCGAUCCUGCGCUCAUGCGCCCUGGAAGACUGGAUAAUAUUCUCUACGUUGGACCUCCAGAUCUUCAGGCGCGGAAAGAGAUUCUAAAGAUUUGGUUUAGUAAAUCUGAGGUUGACGACGAAGUUGACAUUGACAGGCUGGCGCAGGUGACCGAUGGGUAUUCUGGGGCGGAGAUGGUUAGUAUCUGCGAGACUGCAGCAGACGGAGCGCUGGAUGAGGAGGAAGAAACUGGCCAGGAACAGAAGAUAGCAUGGAGGCAUUUUGAACAUGCAUUGAACCAAGUCCAUAAACAGAUAUCUGAAGCUGUGAUCGAGGGCUAUGAGAGGUGGAGAGAUGAGCUAGAACUCCAGCUCCCUCUAUGA